AUGGCCGACGAAGAAUUGAAGAGGAAGCGUGACGACAGCCCUGAUGUCGCUGAUUCUAAGAAGGUAAAAGUUAAUGAGACUGUGAAGGACAACUCCAGUGAACUAGAUACUAAAAGUAAUGAGCAUAGUACCGUUAGUGAAUCUGAAGAAAGCAAGCAGCAGAGUAAGGAUACAAUUUCUGAGAGUAGUUCUGAGGUCAAGGAUGAAGUGAAGGAAGAUGAACCAAAGAAGGAUAAAGUUGAUGAGUCCAAGGAAUCGGUUAGUGAUGAAAGCAAGGAUGAGAAACCAAAGUUUGUAUUCGGAUCAUCAUCAGCUUUUACAGGUGGUUUUGGCGUAGCGAAGGGUAAAGAGGACAAAAAGGAUACUGAAAAUCAAACAGAAACGCCUAAGGCUGCGUUUAGUUUUGGUUCUGGCUUGUCCUUUGGAUCUGGUUUUAAUGUUCUUAAGACUAAAGAUAUUGCAGCCAAUAAAGAAGAGAAAGAUUCAAAGUCGAAGCCUGAGGACUCAGAUGAUAAACUAAUACCUAACUCUGAGUUGAAGAAAGAAGAUAGCAAAGUGACUUCCAGUAAUAAUGCUGCCCCAACCCCAAUCAAACUACAAAAGGAAGAGGUUAAGUCAGGUGAAGAGUCUGAAGAAUGUCUAUUUCAAGUGAAUGCUAAGCUUUUCCAACUGGUAGAUAUGAAAACAGGUUGGAAGGAAAGAGGUGUAGGUGCUGUGAAGGUUAAUAGAGACAAAGAAACUUCCAAGACUCGUGUUGUUAUGAGAUCGAGAGGUAUCUUGAAGGUCAUACUAAAUCUUCCCCUUGUUAAAGGAUUCAAAGUUGAAAAAGGAUUUCCUGGUUCAUUACAAAGUCAGAAGUACGUUCGAAUAGUGGCAUUGAAUGAAAAUAAUGAGCCAACUCAAUACGCAUUGAGGACUGGCAAAGAGGAGACUGCUGAUGAUCUCUACGAAAAUAUAAAGGGCAAUAUCCCUAACUAG